CCAGCCUCCUGCCCCGCCCACCGGCCCCGCCCGCCGGGCUGUGGGGGAGGAGGAGGCGGUGGCUCUGGGCGCGGGGACUCGGCGGGCGGCGAGGAGCUCGGAACCGGAUCCGGACGCCACCGCCACCUGCGCGGCCGGCAUCAAGAUGUCAUGGCACCCCCAGUACCGGAGCUCCAAGUUCCGCCACGUCUUCGGCAAGCCGGCCAGCAAGGAGAACUGCUACGACUCGGUGCCCAUCACCCACAGCGUCCACGACAAUCACUUCUGCGCCGUGAACCCCCACUUCAUCGCCGUGGUGACGGAGUGCGCGGGCGGGGGCGCCUUCCUCGUCAUCCCCCUGCACCAGACAGGAAAGUUGGACCCCCACUACCCAAAGGUCUGUGGGCACAGAGGGAACGUCUUAGACAUCAAGUGGAACCCGUUUGACGACUUUGAAAUCGCCUCUGCUUCUGAAGAUGCCACGAUCAAGAUCUGGGCCAUCCCCAAGCAGCUGCUGUCGAGGAACUUCACGGCCUACAGGAAGGAGCUGGCCGGCCACGCCCGCCGGGUGGGCCUGGUGGAGUGGCACCCCACGGCGGCCAACAUCCUCUUCAGCGCCGGCUACGACUACAAGGUGAUGGUCUGGAACCUGGACACAAAGGAGUCUGUAAUCGUGAGCCCCGUGAAGACAAUCGACUGCCACCAAGACGUGAUCCUCUCUAUGUCCUUCAACACCAACGGCAGCCUGCUGGCCACCACCUGCAAAGACCGCAAGAUCCGGGUCCUGGACGCCCGAGCGGGGACCGUCCUCCAGGAAGCCAGCUACAAGGGGCACCGGGCCAACAAGGUGCUGUUCCUGGGGAACCUGAAGAAGCUGCUGUCCACAGGCACCUCCCGCUGGAACAACCGGCAGAUCGCCCUGUGGGACCAGGACGACCUCUCGGUGCCGCUCACCGAGGAGGACCUGGACGGCUCCUCCGGCGUGCUGUUCCCCUUCUACGACGCGGACACCAGCAUGCUCUACGUGGUGGGCAAGGGAGACGGGAACAUCCGCUACUAUGAGGUGAGUGCCGACAAGCCGCACCUGAGCUACCUGACGGAGUACCGCUCCUACCACCCGCAGAAGGGGAUCGGUUUCAUGCCAAAGAGAGGUCUCGACGUGUCCACCUGUGAGAUCUUCCGCUUCUACAAGCUGAUCACAACCAAAAGCCUCAUCGAGCCCAUCUCCAUGAUUGUCCCCCGGCGGUCGGAAUCCUACCAAGAGGACAUCUACCCGCCCACGGCAGGGGCCCAGCCCUCUCUGACGGCCAGGGAGUGGCUCAGCGGGAUGGAUAAAGGGCCUGUCCUGGUGUCCCUUCGGCCCGGCUCCGAGCUGCUGAGCCCUCGGCCUCUGCCCCCGGAAAGACCUCUCUCCAACUCCCUGCCCCCCACCUCGCCUCACCUCCUGGACCAGACGGCAGUGCCGGCUGCAGCCGACGGCCGGAGGCCCUUCUCUCUGCCCGAGGAGAAGGCGCCACGGUGGACGGCAGGACACAGGCUGGAGGAGAAGAAAGCGUGGCUCACGAACGGCUUUGACAUCUUCGAAUGCCCCCCACCAAAGACGGAGAACGAGCUGCUGCAGAUGUUCUACCGGCAACAGGAGGAGAUCCGGAGGCUCCGGGAGCUGGUGACCCAGCGCGAGGUCCAGGCCAAGCAGCUGGAGCUGGAGAUCAAAAACUUGCGGAUGAGCUCGGAAUGGUCCUGAGCAGAGGCCUGGGCCCUCUUCGCCCUCAGGGACACCACUUGGCUCCACGGGGAGGUCCAGGACCAAACCACAAGCCCCCCGAGAACAACCGCUAUUUCUACGUCUUUUUUUUUUAACCAGAAAAUGAAACUCGGUCGCCGCAGGUUUCCAGGGGAACAUGGUGCCGUUUUCUACUUGCCUUCUCGAAACAACGGUGUCUGCAUUGACUCUUUUUAGGGGACGCCUCGCCUUCUGCUUGACUCUGUCUGUAAGGGUGCGUGGUAAGCUCUAACUUUGUAGAAAAUUAGAGCGACCAGGACGUAGGAGGCACACCUGCCUGUGGUUUUCAAACUGUGGUCUAUAGAAUUGGGGCAGGCUAAGCAGGAGGCUGUACCGCUCACCCCCGCACCUGACGGGUCAGCUCUCCUUUCUGUCUUACAUAUGUGGACUUUGAUGGAAUACACAAUUCCUCGACUCCAAAAAAUUCAGAAGUUUGAAAGCCCACCUUUCUCAUUUUACAGGUGGAGAAGCUAAGGCCCAGAGAGAGGCUGGUGAUGCGGGUCCCUAAAGAGUUUGUGGCUGGGCUAAGCCUCUACUCUCCUGGGCCUGUCUGUCUAUCUGUCUGUCUGCCUGUCUGUUUCUGCUCUGACACCGUUCUCAGCCCACAGAGCAGGAACCCAUUGGUUCUGUCCUAAGCGGCACCUCAGUGGCCUCAUGUCAUUCCCUCCCCGGUCUCAGUUUCUCCAUCUGAAUAAGGAGGCCCUAGGAUCUACCCCCAGAGACAAGGAACGUUGGCCGUGGCCUAAGGGAAAUCACCGAUAGGUGAGCUGAUUUUGCUGUGGGGACUCACAAGACAUUGGCAGAGGUGCAGAGGGAGGUUAGCUUCAGGGAAAGAAGUCAAGGUGCAGCCCAGUUCUAGAAUACAGAGAGGAGGACAACCAUCCUCUCUUCAGCCAGGAUCAGCCCUGGUGGCUAGACAUGCCCUGGUGUAGGAUACGAGCCUCAGGGCAUUGCUCAGAUCCUACCGCCACCAAAGCCCUCAGGUCUCAGGGCCUGCCUCUGCCAGGAUGACGUGGGCCGGUGUAUGUUCAAGGUAACAGAAGAGGGACGUAGGGAGCCCAGUGCUGACAGUUUGCCCGCAGCACCCCCUGGCUGCCCAGCGGCGAGGGCUUGUGCAGGAGGAUGAUGAUACGAGGCAAGGAAGUGACCACAUGGCCCUAAAGUUCCCUUCCAACCUGUGCUUUUUCUGUCCCUCCUUUGUGAAUCUGUGUUCUGAGCGCCUCUCUGAGGUUCUCUCUUUCUUGGUGGUCAAUACAGUGGCUCAGCUAGAGACAACUGUGCCUCCUGACCAAAGGACGCUUGCCCCUCGCACGGGGUCCUGCUGCUGGAGGUGGGAUGGGGACUGCAGGAGGCCCCCUGGCCUGGGAGGCGUCAGCCCAGGCUGCCCAUUAGAAUCCCUUUGGGAGCAUUCAAGAAAUACGAAUAGCCAGGCCCAACCCCCCCGACCCAUCGAAGCUGAGUCAGCAGAGUAGGGCCUGGCCUUGUGUAGGUUUUCAUAAGUUCCCAUGGGAUUCUGCAAUACCUGGGGUGGAGACCGCUCGGGCUAAUGCUUCUGUAGCUGUCGACACUAACGAUGAGGACAAGGAGCACGAGGCAGGUGCUGGGACUCCAACUCUGUCCUGUAAGUCCUCUGAGGCUAAAAGCAGGAAGCAUGGUUCUGAGCCCUCCACCAGGUCCCUGCCCCCGACCCUGUCCCCUCUGACUGCGCCCUCCCUUAGCCGUGGCUGAGUUCCCGAGUCUGCUGCACAUUCCAGACACCCGGCUGCUUGUCUCGUCCACCAUUUACUCAGCCGCUGGGGGCCGCCACGCUUGCCAAAGACCAAAUCCUCGGUGUUGUCUGGAAAGCAGAGUUCUGGAUGGGGUCAUCUCUCCCGCCUUAUCUGGGAAUAAACAGCACGUCACGGUUUACAAAGCCUCCAGCCUCCCUCCACGCACUGGCACAUCUUACUCUAACGCGGGUCAGGCAGGCACCAGUACCCCCACGUUCAGGAGGGAAGGUUAGCCUUCAAGAAUAAGGAAACGUUCGUGCCCAUAGGCACUGGCUACACCGUGGUGGAGGUGGGGCUGAGUCUGGGGAGCUUCCUGAAUGUCACGCAGACUCUCUCCACCCCAAAGGGGCCCAGACCUCACCCUGCGGCGAAACAAUGCAAAGGCAGCAUGAACAAACGGUUUCUUUCCUUUUCUUUUUUUCCUUUUUUACAUCUAGAGUAAAUUAUUUAAAUUAUUUCACAGCAAGGGAGCGGGAUAGGUAAUUUUUAUCAGAUAUUUUUUUAAAGCCAUUUUUUAAAAAUUACUUUUUUGUUGAUGUUCUUGACGGGUGACGUGGGACUUGCAGGGCCAGCCCCCUGCGCUCAGGGCCACGGAAUGUGCACUGGUCUUUCCCCUCCAGGCCCUGGGCGCCCCGACUGCUGACUCAGGAACUUCCCGAGGACGAAGACAGCCCUGGGAGAUGGGCUUUAGCAUCUCCACCUUAGCGCUACAGUAAUUGCUCUUCCUGGGACAAAACUUGAGUAUCCUAGAGGGACGCCGGAAGUCAGAAAUUGAUCUGUGCUUUUCCUACAAAACUGUGCCUGGACAGUUUGAUUGUUUUAAUAUUGUUCAUGAAAUUCCUUGUACCUUUGUAAAAAUAAAAAUUAAUAAUAAUAAUAAUAAUAAAAAGUGAAAAUCGUGCUAUGGAAAGAAUAUAACAAAAUAAACAGUAUCUGCCUACACAUUUUAA